AUGGUUCCUGGAGAGGCCCCGGAAUUGGCUACAAGCCCUGGUCUACCUGGCGCGCGCCUGCCCUGUGACCUCUAUGAAGCCUGUCUGCACACAGCUUUAGUAGCGGAUCUGUUUGGAAAGCAUUACAUUCGACUGACAAUUGUAGAGGCCAUCUUCUCUUAUUUCCGGGGACUAAUAGUCAUCAUGGGCGAUAAAAAGAGCCCUACAAGGCCAAAAAGACAAGCCAAGCAGACUGCUGACGAAGGCUACUGGGACUGUAGCGUUUGCACCUUCAGGAACACUGCCGAGGCUUUUAAAUGCAGCAUCUGCGAUGUGAGGAAGGGCACAUCAACUAGGAAACCCAGGAUCAACUCCCAGCUUGUUGCUCAGCAGGUGGCUCAGCAGUAUCCAAUGCCUCCCCCACCAAAGAAGGAGCGUAAGGAGAGGAGCGAGCGCAUAGACAAGGAACGCCCAGAUGGUGAAGGUGAGCCUACCAUUGGAGAGCAGCGUCCAGAGAGAGUGGAACCAGAGGUAGACACCUCUGUAAAGGAAAAGGAUGACAAGGACCAGCCAGUUGAAAACAAACCUGACACAGAAAAGGACUUCAGCCCAAUUGUCACAAAGAAGCCCAACAGCAAAAAGACAAGACCCAAAUCAGACCAUCAUCAAAGCCCACACAGCAUACUCUCUGGAAAAUCAACAACCAAGACCAACAAGAAUUCUUACAUUUCCAGGCCUAAACUGAAGAACAUUGACAGGAGCACUGCCCAGCAGUUGGCUAUUACUGUUGGGAAUGUGACAGUGAUCAUAACAGACUUUAAGGAGAAGACCCGCUCCUCUUCCACAUCCUCAUCCACCAUCACAUCUAGUGUGGGUUCUGAACAACACCACCAGAGUUCUGGCUCAGAGAGCAUGGACAAGAGCUCUUCACGUGCCUCAACACCUAAAGGGGAUCUUUCUCUGGGGCAGGAUGAGUCAUUCUGAUGCCCCUAGACCCUACCCCCAGCCCCAUCCUCAUCCAUGUUUCCAUUGGGGGGAAGAUUUUACCUCUCCCAUUGCUACCCUGCCUCCAUUCCAUGACCAGCCCUGGAUGCUGAGCGUAGUUGACUGCCCUAAGACGAACAGUGCAGUGAAGUAGCCAGGGAAACACUCACCAUGCUUGGGGAAAUUCUGUCAUGGGUACACCCGUGGCACAGGCGAGGAGAGUUGGGUGAAAAGGAAUAACGCCUCAAAACCCAAACUACCUUGCAGUAGCACCCAGACACAUGUAUGUAAUGUUUUAUAUGUCCAUAUAUUAAUGUGAGGCCAAGUUGAAAAUUUUAUUGUUUUCGAGGGGUUGGUUUGUUUGUUAUUUUUUGUCUCUUUUAUGCUUUGGUAAAUAAUUCUUCGUUGGGCACAACAACAUGAUUUCAGAACUAUUCAUAACCUUAUUUAUUACCAGUUGCACCUAUAUACUUUGAUGUUGUCCCAUUUUAUGUUGAAGCUUCGCUAUAUAGCUCUGCUGUUUGUUCAUCCUGUCAGUGUUUUUAUGAAAUUUGAAGAAAAAAGAAAAAAAAAGAUAGGACAAGACUAAAGUCUUAAACAUCUUCAUUCACACUGGUGCUAGAUACACUGUGAAGUUAUUUUGCAGACCUUGGAUAUUGCAGACCCACUCACUCAAGAUGACAAUGUGCUGACUCGCUCACUUAGCUCAACAACACUGUCUUGCUCUGAAACUUUCAGGACCCCUGAGAUCCAUCUUCUACAGGUCAGUGUGCUAUGAAAGAAUGUCACAGGUUCACAUAUCUGAAUAUUUCAACUUAAUUGUGAUUGGCUUAGAAUGCCAUAAUGAAUCUCUUAAACGGUAUCCAAUGUCCUUAAUUGUGCAGUGUAGGCUAUUGUGUACAACACUAAACGCUGUUGAUAUGUUCUGCGUUCCAUGCUUAAUGAGUCUCAUGGCUGAAGUUACUUGAGCCAGUUUAUCUAUUGUGACCAAGGGAUACACAUGGUUCCACUUGGUGAAACCAUUUCAAACUUUAAAAGGACAAGUUUUGCCAAAUUGUUGUGAAUCAAUACUUUUGUCAUGGUCCUGUAAACAACUGGGAAUAAUUUUUUUACCCAAAAACAAAUGCAAACAGCAUAGCAGAUUGAUUUUUCAAUUGACUAUCAAUAAAAUUAUUUAAGACCCCAGAAAUUUACCAUAAAAAUUUAAAGUAGCAAAUAGAAUAAAAUUUAUUGAUCAGUUUAUUUAAGGGUUUUAAUUCCCCUUUCACUAUAACUGAUACCAUACGAUCUAAUUUCAAUGUAAAUGUUAUGAAAAUGUACAAAGAAUGUGUAUAUGAUAUCUUAGUUUUAUUUAUUGAAGGACCAAAGGAAUUUCAUAUUGCCAUGAUGAACAGACAAAUAACAAUUUGAAAUGUAAUUAUCUUAUGUAUUAGAUGAAUAUCAACUUAAAUAAAAACUAAUAUAAUCCAUGUAAAUGGUGGUUUUAUUGCUUAAUUGUCUCUGUGCAUUGCUAAACUGGGACAGAGAACUGUUAGUCAGUGAGCUAACCUGAAGACCACUUGACACUGAUGCCACACCAUGCAGAAGGUCUUUCCUUUUUAGGCAGGAGAUGAGAAGCAGACCAGAUGUAGUUGGGUGGGUUUAAGCUGCUGGCUUUUGAAAGCCCCCAUUCCUCAUUCUGCUGACUAACCCAGUACUUAAGGUGCUCCAUAAAAGAGCCAAAACAUGCCAGUUGGUUUUAGUCCCAAGAAACAACACUUAAAUUAUUUCUGGAGCAAAGAGGUAGGUUUUCAUCAGAUAAAAGGGAUGAUUAUUGUGUCCUAAGCAAUGUUUAAAGUCAAAGGGAUGUGCCCAAAAGGUUUUUUGCCCUUAAAAUGGUUAUGUGAUUCAUUGCAAACAGAUAAGCAUAAAUACUAAGUAAACAUGGUCUAUAUUCAGGAAAAGAAACUUACCUUAAAACGAAGGAAAGGAUGCUUUAUUUUUUUUAAGGGCUGGGGCCUAAACACCAUGUAUUAGCUGCCAUAUUUGCAACCAAAUUCACUUCACUGAGUGCCCCAACAGAAAGGCUUUAUUAAAUUACUAAUUGUCAUAUGCUGAUUAUAUAAAUUAUUUCGUGUAAAUAGAAUUUUGACGUUAACACUAUGAAAAUGGCAUAGGAGCUGGAAUCUUUCAUUUCCUGUUUUUCUUCCACGCAAGCAGUUCUGUUCUUGUGUGCAACCAGUAACCUUAAUUUACUGUGUAAAGAUGGUUACAUUUUUUUUAGCUUUGUUUGUCAGUGACUCUAAAAUAUAAAGCUCAUUUACAGACUGUAUAAUCUCAACCAUGAAUUUCAAAUCAACUGUAUUAUAAAAACUAAUUUCUUCUUAUAACAGUGUGUUGUACAAUGCUUUUAAAGUAAUUGCCUGAUUUAAAAAAAGAAUAAAAGUUUAAGAGGAAAUUCAAUAAUCAAUUCUUUGUUUAUUCCAGCUAAUUACAUUUCUUAUUUGUCAUUGUUUCCCUUUGUGAAAUGGUCACAUUAUGUUUCUGAUGUGGAAAUGUAUGCAACAUUUUCAAUGGACAUGGCUUCUUGUUAAGCUUGUAGUGUUAAAAAAACAAAAACAAAAAAAAACAUGAUUCUUGCAUGUGCACGACUAAGCUCAAAAGCUAACGUGAUCGUUUUCCUCUGCUACA